AUGGCUGAGGUGCCAGCAGCAGUUCCAGCGGGCCCUGUGACCAUGGUGUGCAAACUGUGUGGCUUGAAGUAUGAUCCUUCUGCGGGAAGGAUGCAUGGCCGUACCUUCAAAUGUACGCCAUGCGAUAGUGCCGAAAGAAAUGUUCGCCGCAACCUGGGUGAGCAUAAACCUCUGAAUGAGUGGGAAAACUCAGAGUGCGAAGCUUUCUUCAAGCGCCUGCACGCUGCAAAGGCCAAAGAUCCGAGGGAAUCUGAAGAGUACGGGUGCACGGUGUAUAAACUUCCUAUCAAGAAGCUGCGCUGGAAGGAGACGUUUGAAACGGAAGAAGCCAAGCUGCUUCAAAAGGAAAAAGAAUGCGCGCAAAAGAAGCAAGCUAAGGGCAAGAAAAAUGCAGGCGCUGAUGCUGACGAACUGGACGUGCCAAUGGCAGCACAAGGUGAAGGUAAGAAGUCUGAAGCAAAAGCAGAGGAGAACGAUGAGAAGCAGGCGGCCAGAGAAAGAAAGAAAAUGCUGCAAAGCAACGAGAAGAUUGCGAACCUGGCUGCCAGAGCGGUAGGUCCACUAACAGCCGCAGCCACAAGUUUGACAAAGCUGAUGGAAAAGGCUGAGCCACACCGCGAAAGCAUUGAGCCAGGAGUCUUCACAUGCGCAGAGGACGUAUUGGCAAAGGUGACCCCAUGGAGCACAGCUGCCCGUGAGGCUAUGAAUCAACAGGACGUUAACAAAAAUGGCUCUCCGGAGGCCUGCGUGGCGCUUGAGUCUUUGCCAUUCUCUGGCGAAGAGAUGAAGUUGGCUAUGAAAACAAAUGCUGAAGCUGCGAAAGCGCUGCGCGCGGCAAUUCCCAAGCGAGCUGCUGCCAAGAGCAAGGCCAAAGAGAACACACAGGAUGACGGUGCCAAGAAUGCCGAAGAGCCCAAGCCGAAGCGUCGCCGCGCGAAGUCCGCAGCUGAGGUGGCCGUGCAAAUUAAUUUUGACGUGUUCGAACUCAACACGCCGCUUUUAGGAACUCGGGGACAAGAUCUGCGAUGGAAAAUAGAGAAGCUACAUCGACCUUUGUCAGAAACCUUAACAGAAGCGGCCCAGAAGCGUAAAACAAGCAAGCAGACGCCCUGCGAGGGCGUCGCUUCUCUGGAUGAGCAAUUCUCCGCGCUCAGACAAAUUAGAACCCUGACCCAGGCUGAGUGCCGUGAAGUUGUCGCAUUGUUGCAUGAAGACGAUGCUGGCAGGAAAACUUGCUCACGCUUGUCUCAAGUGCAUCCCAAAGCUUUGCCAUGCUUGCGUGAACUGCGCGUUGCCACAGAUGACGGUGUGCUGACGGUGUACUACAUGAGUUUGGCAGAAAUGGUGCAGACGAAAGUCAACACUUGUCCGUUCUACGCUGAGAGCGUGCGGCGCAUCCGGGAUCUUGACAGUCGCCACGUGCGGUUUGUUCUGUACGCAGAUGACACGCAAGGAGGCAACACACUGAAUGCAGUGGCAACAAGAAAAGCGACGCUGAUAUAUGGUCUCUUCCUCGAUUUUCCAGUUCAUUACUUGGAAAACAUGUGGUUGACAUUAUGCAUCUGCAAAGCAAGUGAUGUGGCCAAGUGCCGCGGCGGUCUGGCCGCAGUGUUGUCUGCGCUCAUGGAGGCAUAUCAGCAAGAAGUGGACAUGGGCCUGUGCAUAGACAUCGAAGGGGACCCCACGCUCCUCUUCAUCCCAAAAAUCCAAUUCAUCGCGGAUCAUGAUUGCAUCAGAGCAGCAACUGGCUGCAAGGGCGCUGCAGCCAUCAAGCCGUGCGUGAAGUGCAAGAACGUGCUGGCCUUGAAUCGCGACACAGCCGUGCCAGGUCAUAUUGACAUCAAAUGCAGCGAUCCCAAGAUGUUUGUGCCAAUGACGCAAGGCAUGGUGGAAGAGGCUGCGCGCCUACUGGAAAGCCAACCCAACAAAAAGAAGUUGGAGGAGGCUGAGAAAUUCUUGGGAUUCAAAUUUGAAACCAUGAAAGAAGGACCAUUGCUGCGACCAUCACUAAAAGGAUGGUUUAGUAUAGAAGAAAUCAUGUAUGACUCCUUUCACCAUUAUUUUAGCAAUGGGCUCAUCGCCCACGAACUGGGUCUGUGGUUCAGCGUCCUCUCCACGGAAAAAAUUGCAACGCUGCAACAAAUCCAAACCUACGUCAAACUUGGCUGGGAAGUCACGAAAGGUGGCCAAUUUGUUGCUCCCAGUCCGCUGCAAUUGUUUGAUGACAAACUUUGGAAACUGCAUCAAGAUUUCCGAGGAGAUGGUCAAUCUUGCCUCUGCACACUUCCACUGUGCAUCGCAUUCCAAGAAGAUAUGCUUAGAGGCCGCAUUGAACGCCUGACACCGGUGCUCAAUUCUUUGAAAAAACUCUAUGAAGUGGUCCUAUCUCCAAAAAUCAAAACGCGAUCUGCCAUCACACAGCACGCUGCUGAGACGUCAACAAGCGCAUAUGACAGCGUUUGA